AUGUCGUCAUCCGAUGAAGAGAUAGAAAAGAUGAUGAAUGUUAAAAAGGACAACAGGUUCAAGUUUAAGGGGUUCACACAACUCCUGAAGGAGCUCAAAAUUGAUACGAUCCAUGAUAUCUACAACUCCGAAAGAGAUCAAAAGGAUUUGGAAGAUAUCCAUCCAUACGCAUACGACAGUUUUAUCAAGUGGGAAACAGACGAUAGAACAGAAUCAUUCCACAACAUCAAAGCACUUUUGAAGUCGAAGAUGACCACACUACCACUGUUAUUACUAAAUUUGAAAACGAUCACUGACAUCAUUUUUGUACACUUGGAACAACAAGACUCGAUGGCUGUUCACUCACUUUUUGAUAUCGUUGCUCAAAUUAUCAGAGAUGUACGAGAAGAGUUUUUACCAUACGUUCCUCGAUUGAUUCAAGUUGCUAACAAUAAGUUGGUUGGAUGCACCGAUAUAGAAGAUAUCACAGAUAUAUUCACUGCACUCUCUUUUAUGGUCAAGUAUUUACACAAGGAAUUUACCAAAGAUUUGAACACCUUCUUCAAGUCGUAUGUACUACUAAUUUCACACAGAAAGAAUUAUGUCAGACAAUUUUCUGCAGAGGCUUUUGCGUAUUUAGCAAGAAAGUUGAAACCAUUGGAAUUCACACAAAUGAUAAAUUCGAUCAUUGAUACAUUCUUAUUAUCAAAAGAUACUACACUCGACCCCACACACCAAAAUUUGCUCAAAAGAGGUAUUGGGAUGUUGAUGUUUGAAGCGAUCAAAGGUAUCAAACAAGAACUCAUUCGAAAGGAUACUGAUUACAUUUCGUGCUAUUUUGACGCUGCUUUUGCCGCGACGGGUCAGAAAUACGAUAUAUGGACCUUAGCAUUGACAGUAGUGAACAAAGGUAUUGUCUUACACAAGAAAACAGGGUAUGAAGAAUACUUCAUACUUCUUCAGAACAAACUCCCACCUACACCAACGCUGAAUAUUACCUCAUUGACUUUGAAAUUGACGAUCAGAUGGUUGGUUUCUGGAAGAGCAAAUGGUAUUACAGGAUAUGAAGAAAGAAUAUAUGACAUUUUGAAGUACUGCUUUUCAGUGAAAGAGUUUGAAAAGGUGUAUCUCGACGCCAUUUUUGUUAUUUCGAAGAACAGUAACAUGACAAAUAAAAUGAUCCCUGUUGUCGAUGAGUACAUGAACAUUUUGGAUUUGGACAAUCUUCAAUCUGUGUUGCAACGUGUCUCAGAAAAUCCAGUGUACUAUUCACUCGUUUUAAAACAUGUUAUAAUGAAGAAAGACAUCACUUUGUUACUGAGAAAGAACGCACUCAGGUUCUACCCAAUUGUCCCGAUGGCAGACUCGGAUUUAACUAUGAAGACAAAGCCAUAUUUCCCAACUUCAUUACUACCCGUAUUAACAGAAGUGUUGGAUAACAUGGAUUUAAAUGAAGAUGUCUGUUCACUUGCAUGCUCUGUUGGUGUUGUUAAGAUGAUGAAAAAUAUCAAGCAAAAGGCGAUUGACCGAUUGAAUACCAAUAUUGUUAUGUGCUCUGCUAUUUUGGCCGAUUUUGAGACAGACAAAGACGAAGUAAUCGUUACUGAACUUCGAAAAUUGAAGAAUUCGCAGUAUUUGUGUGCACUUGCUUACUUUGUACAAAAGAAGAAAGUAUCUGUUGAAUACACCGAAGAUGAGAAGAAAAAGAUCUUUGAAUACAUGGGUUCUGUAAACAUCUCUGAACGAUCUGCAGCGACAAAUUUGUUAUUGAAAGGAGAUUGCAGUCGCGCGAGAGAAGUGAUGAGUCUUUUGAACGACAUAGACAUUCAGUUCCACAAGAGUCGAGCAGUGAACCUCCGGUUGACAUACCUUUUCGACAAAGUUGAUACUUACUCCGACGAAGUUCUUGAAAUGGCUGCCAGAAUCGCCAUCUCCAUGAUGAGAAUGAGAUUUAAUUUGUUCUGGAAACCCGCACAAGAUCUUUUAGCUGCUUGUAUAGCAAGAAGUCAAUCGAUUUUGAAGUAUGUAAUGAGUGUGGCGGAAAGCUUGUUUGGGAAGAAGCCAAGUGAUGAAGAGAAUGGCGAAGAAAGUGACCAACCCGUCAAAGUAAAAGAAAUUGUUACAGAGGAACCAAUCAAAACAAUAUUCAAGCAGUAUAGUAUGGAUAAUACAGACAACAUCACAAUGAGUAAGACAAUUUGGGCGUCAAUUGUACUCAACAUUGACUUGUUUAAGCAAGAAAGUGUUGCGAAUUGGUUCCUUUCUAUUUUCAAGGAAAGGUAUAAUAACGUUGAAUUGACGGUAUCAGAUCGAAGAGAAAUUUCAGUGCUUGGCAACUUCCUUGAAAUCAUGAAAACAUUGAAAGUCCCGAAUGACUUGGUUCCAAUUCUUAACAGACUUUUAACCACUCCAGAUAUUGAUAUAUUGACCAAUAUUUAUUUGACAAUGGCAAACACAGAUCCAGAGCUUGCAAGAGACUCUGAAUCCGUCCAAUCAUUCUUAAAUGCAACUAAAUAUCCACAUGAAUUCAAAACUAUUGCGAAUAACACAAAAGUUGGUGAUAAGGCAUUGGUCAUUUUGUGUCGAAUGGUGUUUUCUUUGAUUGCUCAAAUUUCGGUCAAGAAUAAGGUUCAAGAAAUGUUUAUUAAAUUUGUCAGUGGAGUUGACCCAAAUAUCAGAGAGCAGUUUUUGAACGAUAUUGUAGAUAUCUAUAAGCAGUUUGUUGAGUCGAAAAGACGGUUUGAUGGAAGAAGUGCAAAGGUGAUUGUGAAUACACUGAAACGGAUUUCAGAAGAGUUUACAGAUGACGCAUUUGACAGUCGGUUUGGAGAUAUUUGUUUGAAUUUAAUAAAGAAAUCACAGCCAAAUGCUUGGGAAGUCCUCAAAAUUAUUUCAAAAAUAUCAAAGAAUUUGAAUAUGAUAAACAUUGACCCAUCAACUGCAUUCAAUUUCGAAGAGAUUUUCAGAUAUGUAUUUACCAAGAAGGCGAUUAAAUUGGGUUCUUUUGUUGGUGAUGUGUUAAUAUAUACAAACAAGGCGGGUGAAUAUUUACAUGCAAUUCCUGAACUAAUGAAAUCCUUUGUAUCUUACAUAAAAAUCACACAUGACAAUAUAGAAGAUGUGUUGAAUGUGUACAAAACAAUAGACGAUAAGGAAAUUACUUUGGAUUGCACUGCUUCGUUUAGAAAAAUGAUGGAAAUUGGUGUAAACAAUUUGAGUAAAGACUACGUUGACUACGUGAUUAAAAUAAUGAACCAUACCGAAGUGAUGAAGUGUGAAAUUCUGGACAUCCACUUGCCUCAUUCACAAGAAUUGCUUUACCCACUUUUUGAAGCUCUUCUAACAACCACAGAAGCUGUGAAGAGGAUUGCACGAUAUUUCUUUGAAACAACAGAUACUGCCCUUCAGAACUUUGUUUUGCCAAAGUUACUUGUGAAGUACACCGAAGUAAUUCCUUAUUUGCACAAAUACGACGAAUUAUUUACUCGUUUGAAUUCGAUGAAAAUACCAAAAGGGUUGUGUUAUGACUUCUUUGAGGAGUAUUCAUGCCAAGCAUUAUACGCCAAAUUUGAGGGUUCUAUGUUGGCGUCGGCAUAUCUGACAAAAAUGUUUAAUACAAGAAAAACGGAAACCCUAAUUCCUCAAUUAUUAAAAAUGUUUAUUGAAAGACAAAGACCGGCGGUAGCUUCAUUGCUUACAUCAUGUAUCAAAAACUCAAACCACCCACUCAAGAAACUUGCUGAACUCGACGUCUUUUAUGUCGGGCUAUUGACGAACUACCGGAUGAUAUGGUUGAUAUAA